GCGUCCCUGAUGCUUCCCCGCCUCAACUGGCUGACCAUACUAGGUUUGCCUCCGACCUCUCAGGGUGCGCAUGCGCCCCCCUUCAGAGCAUUUCGCUGCGGCAGAGCCAGUGAAAACCCCGUCGCCCCGUCUCCUGUCUCGAAUCUGGUGUAUUGGCGAUGGCAUCUGUUGAACCUACUUGUGGCCUCUGUUUAUUAACUGUUUCUUUUCAAAUAAUCUUUACUCAAAGGGCUAAACAUUAAGUAUUGAGUUAAGUCACGCUCAAGGAACUAGUUUGAGUUUUUUUUUACUUCCGGAUGUAGCUACCCCUUUCUGUUAUUUGGUUUAGGUUCAUUAAGAUCCAAUAGGCACUAAUCAGUUAAACGUCUAGCACUAUUUUCUUGGCCUUAUGCAUAUACUUGCGGUCUCAAACUCUCAAUUGGAUAAGGACGAUGUGGAGUAUAUAUCUGUAUACUCUAAACAGGUAUACAGUAUGUACACUCUUAUAAAGUAGGAGUAUAUGUGGGUACACACUUGGAAGGCAAGUAGUGUAUCUGUAUACUGAUGAGUGGAAUAUGUGUAUAUACAUAAGUAGAGCAAAUAUAACAGUAAUAGUAAAGUAUCACAUGAUACUCUCAUUUGAAAAAAUAUUGCCCUGGAUUCUGGAUGAUAAGAUUUGAAAGAAGUAUCUACUUCUGGUACUAUAAUGUGAAAAAGUAUCAACUGAUACCAUAACAUGAAAACAAUUAUCAAGUGAUACUUAAAUCUGAAAAAUAUCAGUUGUACCGUGAUAUUAAAAAAAUUAUCUAGUGAUACUCUAGUCUGAAAAAAGUAUCAGAUGAUACUCUCAUUUGAAAAAAAACCCAUGAAGUUGCAGGUGCUAUUGCGUGUGUCUCGCGCUCUCCUGUUCUACUGCUGGGUACAAGACUACAAGUUUGUAGAUUCAGGUGGAGAGUUUGGGUAAUUGUGCUAAAAGGAUCAGAGCAGGUAUACACGUAUACUAUCGUUGAAGGGGUUUGGAAGGAUUCAGAGGCAAAGGCAAUUACCUAGUCACUGUUUACUUGCUGGGCAGCAAGAUUGGCAAUGGGCCGAGGACCCUGUACGGUUCAUUGACGACUUGCCAGAUGAACUACCAACUAGAACACAACAUAUAUGAGAAAGCAGGGCAGUUUGUGACCCCCUUGACAGCGAUGGGUCAUGUGACGAUCAACUUGAUGAGGAUGAAGACGAACUGAAGCACUAGUCUGUUGGAAAUAUCUGGAUAUCUAUCAACAUCCUAUGUCCCAGCCUGGAACACCAUAUAUUCUCUGUCAGGUUACACGUUUGUGACACACUAAGAGCGAGUGUGACUAGUCUAGGAUGCAGGGAGAAUAAUGGCCUGGUUAUCUCUAAUGACAACACAUUGAAGCAGACCGUGGAGGUAGAAAAACAGGGGAGGCAAGGUAAGGAGGUCUUAGUGGUUCAUGAAUUGGAUGAGUCGAAUGAGGAUUCUGGGUCAUUGGAUGAGCCGCCGGGUUGGCUUCCUGACGGUUGGACUAUGGAGGUUUGUCAAGAAGACAAUGGCUCCAUCUACAAGUACUACACUUCCCCAAUGUCCGGAUACAUGUUCACAUCAAAGAUGGAGACAUUGCAUUAUCUUUUCUCAGGGGUGGAAGAACGCAUGUUGGAGUUGCAGGCAAGCGCCGAGGACAACGAGCUUCAUGAGUCACAUACAUGGCUUCCACGUGGGUGGGUGAUUGAAGUCAGAGCCGGUGGGAAGAAAAUGGACAAAAUGUACAAGUUUUAUGUUCACCUACCUACUGGGCAGCGAUUCUUAUCAAAAGCAGAAGUAUUGCACUUUGUUAAUAAGGGCAUGGUUUCUACAUGUGAUAUGGAUGUGCUGUGCGACACUAGCACUGAUGAUAAUAUACUUGCUCAUGUGGAAUUCAAUCCUGAUGGUUUACCAGAUGGAUGGGUGAAAGAAACGAUAUCUAGAAAGUUCAAUGAUGGAAUCAGAAAAGACCAGUACUAUACCGAUCCUGUUAGUCACCGUGUAUUUCGCACGCUUAAGUCUGUAUUGAGCUACCUUGGAACCGGAGAAAUAUCUAGGCAUUCCUAUUUACCAAGGAGAAAUGUCAUUGACAUGUAUUCAUUUGAUAAGUGUGCAGAUCUGCCCAAAAGCAUGGUGAAAAGAUUGAAAGCAAAAGGACAAGCAAAGAAAAAAUUCAUGAGAGCACAGGUUUUAGACAAGGACUUAUCUAAUGGGCAGACUUCAAAUCACUGUGAAGGUGCUAUUGGGUUAACUCAAUCUGACCCGGAAGGAGAUAAGUUUGGAUCUAUGGAAGCGGCAUGCGAAAAGGGGACCAGUUCAGAGACUAUGAAACAGCGAAUAGGGAGGCCAAAGAAAAUCUUGAAGCAAACAAAUGAUAGCAUUUCGGAUCGUGACAAGGGUUCACAUCAGGAGCACAUCGAGGCCAAAGAGGAAGUUGAUAUCUGUGGUGGGAAAGACUUGACGCAUUUGAAAACUCUGGAGCGUACCGAGGCUCAGAAUAGCACAAUGAUAACCAAGGAAGUAAACAACAACGACACAGCAGAGAAAAACCUAUCCAAGAUAGAGGGAGACAACUCGGAUCUGGUAACCGGCACGGGUUUGCACAAGCAAGAGAAUAGCAGAUUAACUGAAGUUAGUGAGAAGGCAACAUUCUCCACAGGUUACAAAUUUUACAAGAGGAGAAGUUGCAAUAAGACAUGAGGUUCAAGAAAAGCAUAAAAUUAGAUCAAGUUAUCUGGUGAGUUUUAUGGGUCGCCGCCCAAAAGUUGUAUCAUACUUCUUCAGGGAACAAAUGGAACCAAAGUUGAUCUGGUGUGUCCAGGUUUUCAUUUUUUUCGUUUUGUUUAUUCCCUUCUGCAUGCUUCUGCUUCUAGUUGAUGUGGAGGGUGUCUAGUGGAAGUAAUCUGUUUGAUUCUUGUAUCAUAGGAAUUAAUACUGGUUGUAGAGAGCAGGAUUUAACACUUGACAGCAGGAGCAUCAAAGGAAUCAAAUUUAAGAAGCUUUCGUUAACCUGAGGGCUGAGACAUAAAUGCCGUCAAUACGGACAUAAAUGCCGUCAAUGAGCAUAUUUUCUUUCUUCAUUAUCUGCUCCAGAGUUCAGGUGAAAGAAAAUAAAUAGUAAACAAGGUCAGUAGUCCAGAAUACAGGCACUUUGUUAUACUAUCAAGGAACGUUCUUGCGGCUUCUGUAGCAAUCAACUCAACUGUGAGCAGUUGUAAGGAGCCAGGCUAUUUUGCUUUUCAUAUCCUAACUGACGCUCAGAACUUCUAUGCCAUGAAACACUGGUUUGCCAGGAAUUCGUAUAAAAAUGCAGCUAUCUGUGUCAUAAACUACGAAGCAAUUAUUUUGGAGAAACUUCCAAAGUAUACUAUCCGGCAGCUGUAUUUGCCAGAGGAGUUCCGUGUUCUCAUUAGGAGCAUUAAGCGGCCUACUGAAAACACAAGAAUGAAAUACCUGUCACUGUUCAGCCCCUCACAUUUCGUUAUUCCAGAAAUAUUCAAGUAUCUAAACCUUGACGCAUCCACAACGUUGGAAUAUAUAUGUACUCAUAUUCGGAUUAUAGAAUACAGGCUUAUCUGUAGAAAAUUAAUAUAAAAAUAACAAAUUUGAUGUU